ACUUUCCACAACUAAUUGAAAGCACAAAUUAGCUGCUUUCUUUCAUUAAUUACCAUUCCCAUCAUGAAUUCUAAGUUCAUCAUCGUCUGUGUUCUAACGACUCUCUUGCUGGUUCUAAGGCCAGCCAUGAGUGUUGCACCUUCAUGCGACGCUGUGAUAACUAGCUUUGCUCCUUGUCUAUCAUACUUGAAAAACUCUGAUUCUGUCCCUUCAACAAGUUGUUGCGAUAACAUCAAAGUACUCGACCAACAGCUUCCAGAGAAGCAAGAUAGAAAAAGUGUGUGUCAAUGUAUUAAGCUCGCCAUCCCUAUUAUCGGUACCGUUAACAACACUCGCGUCAAAGAUGUCUCAAACAGAUGUGGAUCUAAGCUUUAUGAAAUCCCACCCAUUUCGCCUGACAUGAACUGCGACAAUGUUGUAUGAGAAGAUGAAUGUUUUGGAAGAAAUCUUUCAACGGUAAUGGGAUAUAAUGUGUAUGAAAUAUAAUUAUAUAAGUAAUAAAUAAAAAUGAAUAAAGGAUGAUCAAGGUUACUUGCA